AUGUGUUUACUCGUUCUCCUUAUAAGUGUAUGUGAAGCUCAAGUCUUCUAUCCCAUCUCUUACGUCCCAUAUGAUAAUCCACUUCCAGUUAUGAAUCCUUACAGAUAUUACAUUACAAACAUCCCUCAGCAGAUGAUGUAUCCUAAUCCAAUGUUAACACCAAAUCUGCCAUUAUCCAUAUAUGGCAACAGGCCUUCAUUUCGACGCGAAAUGAAAGAUGAUUCUGCCAGCAAUGAAUUUCGUGAUGAAGAUGGAGCUUAUGAAGAAAGCAAUUCAAAACAAAAUAAAUUUGUUCAUCUGUUACGUCCUAAAAUCCCGCCAUCAUCUCUACUUCAGAAUGCAGAUUAUCUCUCGCUUAUCAAUGACAAAGAUAACUUCCAUAAUUCCGGAUGUUCAUAUCAUCUUUUCCGUCAGAAGUGUGUUGAUAACUUCGGCCUCUGCAAAGGAGGAUGUAAGGAUUUCUCAAUUUCCGAAUCCGUUCCAGUACACGAUUGUCGAUGUAUACCAUAUGGAUAUGCUGCCUUACUUAAGCUAGCUGGUCGAUGA